CGCGUCGUCGGCAAAAGAUAACGUUACGGCUUAAAUUUUCGCGCCAGUCGGCAUUUUUUUCGACUCUCUCUCUAUCGUCGAGGCCGGAUUUUUACGGAUUUCUCGUUUUCCGUAAAAGGGAAGCACGCGCGUGGGCCCCGCCAUACUUUUCGCGCGUUUAAUAAUAAAGUUGACGGUGUCCCGCGAUGUUUGUUUCGCUCAAAACUCUCGGACAAGUGUCCGUUUCUUGAGGCGACGGCGCCGAUCGUCUUGGUGGCCGCCCGGACGUCCCGAUUCGAUACCCGCGUAAUUUGAGGCGAAAGUGUCGAAGAUAUGGUCGGACGAGUCGAUUACUCCAGCGUCCCAGCUAGCGCGGACCUGGAGAACAACUCCAACCAGAAAAAGUACACGGUGAACAGAGGCGGGGACAAGGGUGGACUCGUCAUAUCGAAGCCGCUAUGCACCCUUAUGGCGAUCGGGGCCCUCUUGUUGGCCAUCCUCGCCGGCCUCGUCGUCUUCUUCUUGGUUCCAAGGGGUUGCGCCGGUGACGACGUCCACCCCCAAGCCUUGCAGAAGCACCAGCCAGUCGUCGAAGAUGGCGAGUCGCGCCUUCAGCCCGACAGCGAAGAAGUCGAAGAGAGGCUACCCAGGGACCUAAUGCCUACCCAUUAUAGGAUACAAAUACGACCGUACUUUGAAAACUACACGACGGCGGGUACGGAAACCGUAACCUUAUUGGUCGAGCAGGACACUGACGUCAUCAUUUUCCAUGCGAACAAAAUCAAAAUAGACCGAGGUUCCGUAAGGAUCCGGCCGGCGGAUCCACCAGACGCGAACCCCAUCGACAUCGUCUCGCAGGAGUACCUCGACGGCGAGCGAUACAAGCUAGUGCUGAAAACUUCGCUCAGCAAAGAAUCUCUGUAUUACUUGACGCUCGAUUUUGUCGGCGAAUUGAACGCCCAUCUUCAAGGUUUUUACCUCAGCCGAUACACGAGUCACUCGGGAGAGCCCAGGACUUCGCUGAGUACUCAAUUUUCACCGACGGACGCUAGGCGCGCGUUUCCCUGCUUCGACGAACCUUCGUUCAAGGCUAAGUUCGUCAUCAAAAUCGCUAGACCGUCUAACAUGUCGACGUUGUCCAACAUGCCCGUAGAGAAAACCGACGUGUUUGACACCGGCAAUGGGGCGUGGCUCUGGGACACCUACCCAGAAACGCCCGAGAUGCCCACGUACCUGGUUGCGUUCCUGGUAAGCGAUCUGGUAAAGAUGCAAUCGAGCGACAGACUGAUAAGCGUGUGGGCCAGAAAAGAAUACGUCUCCCAUUCGAGCUAUGCCCUCGAAGUGGCGCCGAAAGUACUCAGGUACUUCGAAGAGUACUUUCGGAUCAGUUUCCCGUUGCCGAAGAUCGACAUAGCGGCCGUACCGGAGUUCGGGUUCAGCGCGAUGGAAAAUUGGGGCCUAAUCACAUUCAGAGAGAGCACGUUACUGUUCGACCCGCUGAGCUCCACAGUCGAAGACCAAAGGGCCGUGGCGACGGUUCUUUCACACGAGAUCGCUCACCAAUGGUUCGGCAAUCUCGUCACUCCUAGAUGGUGGAACGACCUGUGGCUCAAGGAGGGUUUCGCCACAUAUUUGGAGUAUCUUGGCGUUGACCACGCUCAACCGACUUGGAAGAUAACCGAAGAGUUUCUGCCCAGCGAAAUCGAGAAAGCAAUGUCGGUGGACUCGUUGGAAUCGUCCAGACCCAUAUCGUUCAAUGUGGUCAACGGGCGGCAAAUCAAACAGGCGUUCGACGACAUAUCGUACGCCAAAGGCGCGUGCAUCAUAAGGAUGAUGAACCACUUCUUGGGCGAGGACACCUUCAGGAAUGGCCUGGCCAAGUUCCUCGACCAGCACAAGUACGGCAACGCGGACAGGGACGAUCUGUUCCGGAGUUUGUCGGAAGAAGCCCAUCUAAGAGGGGUGCUACUGCAGAACGAGACCGUGAAACACAUCAUGGAUACGUGGACCGAACAAGCCGGUUUCCCGGUACUGAACGUCGUGCCUGAUUACGAGAAAAAUGCGUUGAGGAUCCUCCAAAAACGCUUCCUGAUCUCGAACUCCAAAGGGGACGGUUCCAAGUGGUGGGUUCCCAUCUCAUACACGACCAGCGUGAGACCCGACUUUGCUGACACCAAACCGAGGAUAUGGCUCAGGGAGGAGCCCGAAACGACCGCCGACGUCGACCCGAUCGGCGACUGGUACCUCCUCAACCUCAAUCAAACCGGCUAUUACGUCGUCAACUACGACGAGAAAAACUGGAAAUCGCUCAGCGCCAACAUCAUGAGUCUCCCGCCGCUGAUACGGGCGCAGUUGAUCAGCGACUCAAUGGACUUGGCCCGAGCUAACCAGCUGGAUUAUUCCAUUCCGCUGACGAUGAUCGCUCGCAUGGCCAUACAAGACAAGAUGAUCAUGUUCGUGCCUACGACGGUCGCGUUCAGCAAACUCAAAUAUCUCAGCGACAUUUUGCACAGCACCCCGGCGUUUGGUCUGUUCGAGGAGUACCACAACGCCAUCUUCAAAGGCACGUACAACUUGGUCGAUUUUGACGACAGCAUCGAGGACUACCUGACGAGGAGGAUCAGGCAGACCGUGUUAGAAUGGUCGUGCAGAAGUCCAGAAUCCGUGUGCGUACACAAGUCGCGAUACGCUUUCAGGAAAUGGAUGGUGGACGGCAACAUGAUUUUGCCAAAUCUGAGACCCAUCGCGUAUUGCACCGCCAUCAGGGAAGGGUCGGAGAUCGAAUGGGACUUUGCCUACCAGAAAUACUUGGAGGCGACGUCACCCACUGAGAAGAAUGUCCUGCUGGACGCCUUGGGAUGUACCAAACAGAAAUGGCUGCUUUCAAGAUAUGUCCGCAAAUUAACUGACACAAAUGACGAAAAUUACAGCAUCAGGAUCCAGGACGCUGACCGAGUGUUUGAAUCGGUCGCCAAGAACAAGGAGGGGACUAACAUAGCGUUCGAUUUCAUCCGGAAGAAUUGGAACGAGCUGCUGACGCACUACGGCGACGGCUUCAACAUACUCGGCAAAAUGAUCAAGUCAGUGGCGGUCCAUAUGAACACCGACUUCCAGUUGGCCGAACUGGAGAGGUUCCGGGACACCAUUAGACCCAACAUAAGCACGACGACCAACGCAUUCGACAGCGCAACCGAAACGGUCAGGUCGAACGUCAAUUGGCUUAAACGGAACUACCAGCAAGUGGAUGAGUGGUUGAAAAAGUAUCACAACCAAUUCGGUUACAUUCAGUGAUGACGUCGUCGUUUGUUGGAACGCCUGCCCGGUGGUGCCUUCCAGUUUUAAAUAAUUCAACCCAGUAUUGUUUGGAACGCGCACUUGUUUUAAGUUAUUGUGAUACGUACUUUAUUGUUCACUAAGAAUUUCCUUCCUGUAAAGCGCUUAGAAUAACAUUAUUAGACACCGUGACUAACCCCAAUUGUAAGCGUUCGCGCAUCGCGGUCGUUAGACUACAGCACCAAAGUGUAGAUUGUUAAUAGGGAGCCGAAACUUUUUUUUAAUGUUUUAAACCCCUUACCUAACUAGGUUGUAACUUGUAAGAAUGUUUUAAUUUAUUUUUAUUACGUAAAAUCCCACGAUAUUAAUAAACUUUUAGU